AUGCCAUCGACGACCCCGCUCAACUUUGCGCCGUAUUCUGAGCCACCAGAUGCACCCUCACAAACUCGCUGGGCUCCGCCACCUCCCGCAGCGUCUUCCUCGGCCGGCACAUCCUACCAAUCCGGCGCACCCGUCUCUUCUCUCACGUCCGGGACAGGCUUCGGCUCGUCCUCUCACUCGGGCUAUGUGCCUCUCGCGUCGAACGGAGGUGGGGCAGGGACGUCCGGAUACGAGGUGACGCUGUGGAGGCACGACUGGCAGAGCGCGGCGUGUUAUGCCCUCGGACCGUUCGGGGCGGCCGCGAUGCUUGUCUUCGAGAUUGAGAACGACUAUGUUCGGUUCCAUGCGUAUCAGUCCGUCCUCCUCAACCUGUUCCUCGUCCUCCUGCACCUCUUCUUCCUCCUCCCGUUCGGCCGAUGGGCGCAAUACCUGCUCGUGAUUGUCGACCUCGCCGCUUUGACACUCAUGAGCCUGCGCGCCUACUACGACAGCGACCACCUCGACCGGUUCCGCCUUCCGCUGAUAGGAGAACUGGCCGACGGCUGGGUGCAGGCGGAGUGA